UAUUAUGAGGACUAUAUGCUCUAGAGACCUCAGGCAAGGCAUCUCAUAGGAGGCUUUUUCAUAAAACUAGGCUCUGCUACUAGUAAGGAGGCCAGUUAAGAAGCAGGCGUUGAGCUGUGCACAUCUACCCACCAAAGGCAUCUUAUACAAAUCAUCUUACAUCUUACUUUUUCUUCCACCUUGGUGAGCCCUCCAGAAUCUGUGUUUUCAAUGUAUAAAAUGGAGUAUUCUUACCUCAAUUCCUCUGCCUACGAGUCCUGUAUGGCCGGGAUGGACACUUCGAGUUUAGCUUCAGCUUAUGCUGACUUCAGUUCCUGCAGCCAAGCCAGUGGUUUCCAGUAUAAUCCUAUCAGGACCACUUUUGGGGCAACUUCGGGCUGCCCUUCGCUCACUCCGGGAUCUUGCAGCCUGGGAACACUCAGGGACCACCAGAGCAGUCCAUAUGCAGCAGUUCCCUACAAAUUAUUCACUGACCAUGGAGGAUUAAAUGAGAAAAGAAAACAACGACGGAUCCGAACCACAUUCACCAGUGCCCAGCUUAAAGAACUGGAAAGAGUGUUUGCAGAGACCCAUUAUCCAGAUAUCUACACACGGGAAGAACUAGCUCUCAAAAUCGAUCUUACCGAAGCCCGAGUGCAAGUUUGGUUCCAGAACCGUCGGGCCAAGUUUCGCAAACAGGAGCGGGCUGCUGCCGCCGCAGCUGCUGCAGCCAAGAAUGGCUCAUCGGGAAAGAAGUCCGAUUCUUCACGAGAUGAAGACGGCAAGGAAGCCAAAGCGACGGACCCAGACAGCACCGGAGGGCCCGGACCUAACCCGAACCAGGCAGUAGCGCCCAUCUGUGGGGGGCCAAGCCCUACAGCAGCACAAGGGGCAGGAACCACUGGCCCUGGAGAGCCAGUGAAAGGCGUUCCUAAUAACGGUAUGGGAGGGGCGGCGGGUGCUGGGCAGGGCUGGGUUUCGGCACCUGGCCCUAUUACUUCUAUCCCGGACUCGUUAGGGGGACCCUUUGCCAGCGUCCUCUCCUCCUUGCAAAGACCAAAUGGUACAAAGGGCACGUUAGUAAAGAAUGGUAUGUUCUGACCUAUGAAAAGACUAAUAUUCCCAUCUAGCCAUCUGUCAGGAUAUCAAGCUGUGUAAUAAGAACCAUAGAUAGACACAGGCCUGUCAACUGCUGCCCCGAGCCAAGCUGCCUGGCCCCGGCCUCUUCUCCAGUAGCUAUAGAUCAUGCAACGUUAGGUACCUCCGUCAGGAUCUACCAGAGCUUGCAGUCCUGUUGUGUGUGCUGUGGUACUGGUGGUGGUGGUGUGAUUACCAAAUACAUGUUUGAAACCGUUCCAUAAGCCAGCAGUCAUACUGGAUUAGAAAAAAAGACUGUGCGUAAGCAAAAUGUUUCUCUGGAUAUUUACAAUAAUAAACAUGAUCAGAUGGGGAGACUGGCAGAUCAGUGCCACUCUGACUUCUGUUAUGGGUACUUACAGACUUCAGGCGUGAACAUCAGAGACUGCUGACCGACACUGGUGUCAACUCUAAGACUAGGAAAUUAUACCAUAAUAUUAUUGUGGCAAGGGUGUCUUUAUAUGUAUCCACACCUGCCCUUACUAUUCAAAAUAACUGUUUUAAUUUGACUGCUAUUUGCUAAAUCCAAAUGAUCUUGUUACUACAUAUAUGACUUAGAAAAUGAGUGUUUUUAGUUGUACAGCUGAAAAAUUAUUUGUAAACUCCUCCUGCCAUUUUAACGUUCAGACGUUGUUUUUGUUAUGAUAUUUUAUUGGCCUUAGCAAUUCCAAUGACUUUUAAUAUAUGUGAUAAGUACAACCAUGUCAGUGAAAAGCACUAUGUUAUUUCACAUUUCGUUUUUAACUCAAUUAUAACAAAAGGCACCUCUUAAAAAUGUUAAUACUGUAUUUAAUGGCCUUGUCUUGCAGUUUUGACAUCUUUGUUGAUUUUGUUAAAAAAGGCACAAACAUAGAACUUAGUUAAAUGUUGACAAGUAUGCUUUCAGUUUUUAUGUGUCUUUCUAUAAACGUGUUCAGUGGUUCCACUUGUAUAGUGUUAAUAUGAGUAAAAAUUGUCUAAUAUAGUUGAUUCAUAUGAUGUUUUUCCCUUCUUGUAGUCUAUAGGAUGUCUUAAUGGAGUAGACAGAGAUUAUCUUAAGUUUUAUUUCUUUAUGUUUUUAGCUCCACCGAUUUGAAAAAAAAAACAAGGACAUUUUUUUGUUAUAAAUUGCAUGGUGUCUUAAUUUUUAAUCCUGGAAUCAGUUGUGAGCAAAAUGUUCAUAGAAUUAUGUUCAUGAUUUCAUAUUUAUUUAUAUAUGGUUAUAAUGAAUGCUUCUAUUUAAAAGGGGAUUAUUUCUACAUGUGCAUAUAGUUUUCCAAGACUGUAUCAUUACUUGAUUGUUAAUAAUAAAAGGAC